CUUUCAUUCUCUACAUCCCUCUCUUUCAACCAUUUGCUUUUGUACUCUCUUGAGCUUUGUUGUCUUCCAACUUGAAAGCAUGGCAACGGCGGCGUUCAAAGUUCAGGGUCUUUUGGUUCUGUUUCUGUUAGCGAACGGUGCCUUCACAGUGUCAGCAGCUCGUCCUUUGAGCAUCAUUAAGGAAGUGAACGCAGGCAUUGAGGAGGACACGGACGUGUUUGACUGGUUAUCUCUGGGAUCAGUGAAGCAGUCGGGGCCAAGUGCCCCCGGGGAGGGACACAAGUUCACCAACUCCGACACUUUAGGAGGGAUUAAGAACUCGGGUCCCAGCGCUGGAGGAGGGGGACACAAAUUUACCAAUAGUCAGACCUUCGGAGAUGUUAAGGACUCCGGCCCCAGCGGCCCCGGUCAAGGACACUAGUCAUCGGCCACAUGCCAUCUAAUCACCAAGAAACUUGCAGAUUAUUUAACUCCUUCAUUCUUUUGGUUUGUUGGUUCUUUUUUUUUUUUCCCCUUCUUCAAGAUCUUGUGUUACCAAGAAUAUUAUGAUUGUAUUGCAUAUAAUAUAAUUAUAUGUAUAAUGACGUAAGCUGGGGCCGGGAGGCCAAAUAUUUCAAAUUUAAUAUACAUGCAUACAUUUAUGUAUUGUUAAUUUGAUUCCUUAACAUAUUUUUAUUUUUUAAAUACUUUAAGUUACAAAUAAUCAUUAGAUAACAAUUAUGCGUGUGUAUUAUAUUUUAGAUGUA